UUUGUUGUGUUUCUUCUUUCUAGUUUCUAGUUUCAAUCGUCUGUUUGAGUUUUGAAAGAGUGAUUAUUAUGCGUCUUGAAGCUCUAGCUUCAAUUGACAUUUGUUAUUAAAUAUUUCAGAGUGUAAUCUCUCAUUCAAGUUCUCUUCAGUGGCAGCAUUGACGUGUCAGCGAAUGACGGCCAAACCUGAGAGCUCGCGACAGUCCGCCUCCGUUGACAUCGAGGCCAGCGUUCAGAAAACCGAAACUUGGCACCUGAACAAGAAAUUCACGGUGUACAAAGUCGUAGUUGUUUCAUCCACCGAGUGCUGGUUCGUGUUCCGACGCUACAAUGAGUUCUACGAACUGCAUCAUAUCCUCAAGAAACAGGUGCCUAACUUGCAGCUCAAGUUCCCAGGCAAGAAGCUAUUUGGCAACAACCUGGACCCUCAGUUUGUGGCUCAGAGACGAGAAGGGCUCAACACCUUUGUCCAACAACUCAUGCAGGACCCCAAACUGCUCAACAUUGGUGAAGUGAGGACGUUCCUACAACUGGAUGGACACAGACCAACUGCGGAGGAAUCCAGCACUGAAGAAAGUUGUGAGAAGGCGGAGGAGGACGAGAAUUUGAACUUAGGGCCAACCGAAAGAACCUACGCAAGACCAAGUGAUUUUGAGUUUCUCCAUGUGAUUGGCAAAGGUAGUUUCGGCAAGGUGUUGUUGGCAAGACAUCGAUGUGAUUCUAAAUACUACGCAGUUAAGGUUUUGUCCAAGAGGCUGAUUUUGAGGCGGAACGAGGCUCAGCAUAUCAUGUCAGAGAGGAAUGUACUGAUGAAGAAUCUCCAUCACCCGUUCUUGGUGGGGCUGCACUUCAGCUUCCAGACAAAGGACAAGCUGUUCUUUGUCCUGGACUAUGUCAACGGAGGCGAGCUCUUUUUCCACCUGCAGCGGGAGAGGACAUUCACAGAGCCCCGUGCCAGGUUCUACGCUGCAGAGGUGGCGUCGGCACUUGGCUACUUGCACAGUCAGGGCAUCGUUUAUCGCGACCUCAAGCCAGAGAAUUUACUGUUGGACUGCACGGGUCAUGUCGUGCUGACUGACUUUGGCCUCAGCAAGGAGGGUCUGUUAGCAACAGACACAACCAACACAUUCUGUGGAACACCUGAGUAUCUGGCGCCCGAGGUUGUCAGGAAAGAGCCGUAUGACCGCAGUGUAGACUGGUGGUGUCUGGGCGCAGUGUUGUACGAGAUGUUGUAUGGUCUACCUCCAUUCUACAGUCGCAACAUAACUGAGAUGUAUGACCAGAUACUUUACCAGCCUCUAAGACUGAGGGUCGGGCCAACAGAGGCUGCCAAAAGGAUACUGACAGAGCUUCUGGAGAAAGACGCAUCACAACGUCUGGGGUCAGGUUAUGGGGAUUUUGAUGAUGUUGCAAGCCAUGAAUUCUUUCGAUCCAUCAACUGGUCAGAUCUUCUGGCACGAAAGAUCAAACCUCCCUUCAACCCUAAAGUGAAAGGAGAGCUGGAUAUGCAGCACAUAGAUCCCGCGUUUAUCCGAGAGUCCCUAGGCUCCAUCGGACUGUCCCAGACGAGCGGAGCGCUCACGGCCAGUGUGAGGGAAGCAGACGAACACUUUGUAGGGUUUUCAUACUCCUACGCUGCCCCCAUCGACUACAACAACGACCGUGCGGCUGAGUUAUGAUGACGGCCUAGACUGCCCGCGUGCCCUACGUCAUAAAGUUACCCGUCGGCGCCAAUCAUACGAAUCUCAUACGUCAGUAACCCUAAGUCUGUUGUCGCAGCCCAUUGUUAUACAGGUAUUGUCACCUUUAAGAUUUUGAGUAAGAUAUAAAAAUAUUAGUAGUUUUACACUGGUGCUUUGUUAGAUUUUAAAAAGUGUUUGCAAAUAAAUAUUUAAACUGUUUGUUAAAUGUUUUAAUAGUCAUUUUAUUGUCUUUAAUUUUUUGAAAACACAAAUAGAAGUAUCAAGCCUGUAUGAAAAAAUUGUUAGUGCAGGUUAACAUUUCUUACAUUCCCACAUACCAUAUCCAAUCCAUGAGGACUUUGCAAUACAGUACAAGACAGAUAUGUUAGCCCUCUUCUACUUUAAUAGAUUGGGGCCUGUCUAUCUGUAUGGUAAGUGGUAGUCUGUAAAUAGUGUUAAUUUAUUGAGAGUAUUAUGAGCAUCCUAAUAACAUAAUCUCUGUGUAUGUAAUUUGUACAUGUUAGUCCUAUCUUAUAAUAGCCAAUGGUAUUUUACUACAACUAUGAUUUUUCUUAGUUUAAGAGUUAGAUAUACUAAAAAAGGGUUUGAUAUUCCUGGACUUUUUCCUACGGAAGGUAGUGGAUGUGGUUAUUUUCAGUUGGUGUUAAAUGAAUAAUUAAUCAACAAGUAAUUGAGAAAAAUUGCCUUAACAUUAAAACUUAUUUAGAAGUGUAUUUUUAUAGGUCAUAGUAUGUAUUUGAGACUGUUGCGCCUAACACCUGAUUUAAAAGACUUUUGUUUUGUUGGUAAGUGAUUUUGAUUUGAUCAUGAAAACUACCUUGCAACGGCUGAAAUGUAAA